AUGGCUUCUUCUGCAUUCAAACGCCUUGUGCGCUUCGUUCCUAAAUCGGCGCCUUCGAGCAUCUUGAUCGGAGAGCCGGUACAGGCUUCUCUCGAUGUCGGCUUGGCAUCUCGUGAGGGAAAAGAUAUUUCUGUCAACGUCUUUUCGGGGCGGUCGGUCUUAUCGCCUGGUUCGCGUACUGAUCGCACGGAAUCCGUUGAGCGACUCUUGUCACCUUUGGCGCAGGAGGAGGUUGGAACUAUUCGAUGUAUCGGAUUGAACUACGUUCAGCAUGCGAAGGAGGUCAACAUGGACAUCCCAACAAUCCCCACGCUGUUCCUCAAGCCCAACACAGCGCUUGGUGACCCAUGGCCAGCUCCUACUCUCCUCCCCAAGAUCACUCAAAAUGACGGAAGCGGUGACUACGAGUCUGAAUUGGCGGUCGUCAUUGGCAAAGCAGCCAAGAAUGUUUCUGAAGAGAAUGCCAUGGACUACGUCCUAGGCUUCACAGCAGCGAAUGAUGUCUCGAGUCGUGUGUCUCAACUGAACCAGUCUCAGUGGUGUUUCUCUAAAGGCUUUGAUGGAGCUUGCCCAAUUGGUCCUACUCUGGUGUCGACCUCGGAGAUUCCAGAUCCCUCCAAACUGCAUAUUCGGGGUCUGAAGAACGGCAAGGUCCUGCAGGACUGCUCAUUGGACGAUCUCAUCUUCAGCGUUCCCAAGCUGGUCAGCUUUUUAUCUCAAGGCACAACCCUCCCCGCCGGCACCGUCAUAAUCACUGGUACACCAGCCGGCGUAGGCAUGGGCCGAAAGCCCAAAGAGACUCUUUCCCAUGGCGAUGAGUUCAGGGUUGAGAUCCUGCCACAUAUCGGGACGUUGGUUAAUACUUUUGAGAACGAGUAGUCAGGCACUUUGUAAUAGACACUUAUAGCCAUAAAGAUCUCUU